AUGCCGAAGGGCGCAACCUGGACCCUCGAAGCCUACCGCGACUUCUCAAGAGCCGUCUGGGACGUUGCCAAGUUGACAGCGGAGCAGAAGGAACAGAUCCUACGCAAGCUACACGAUGUGGGUUACGAAUUCACUGGAAAUGCUAUGAGACAGCACUUCCAAAAGAUGAUCCGAGAGGAGAAGACCGAAUCUCAGCAGAAUGCUGCUCCCGGCUCCUCUCCCGACACCAAUCAACCUGCUACCAAGGACAAGGCAGCAGCCCGCCCCCGUCCUGCCCGCGGUUCCCGCGCUGGCGCCAAACGCAAGGCUAAGGCACCAGUCUCCGACGAUGAGGAGGAGGAGGAGAAGACACCUGUCAAGAAGCGUACCAAGAACAGAAAAACUUCUAUGAAGUUGGAGGAGGAUGAACCCGUGCCUUCUCAGGAUGACAAGGACUGGGGUGAGUCUGCAGCUCAGCUUGAACAACACCAACCCAUGACUCUCCUUGACCCGUCUUCGGUCCCCCCUGCCCAAGGAGAUGACGAUGCUGAAUAA